AUCAAACCACAACCAAUACAUUUUUAGUUUAAUAUAUAAUAAUAACAUUAUGUUCCAUAAAAUCAUCACUUUUUACUUCAACUAAGUGAAAAACAACAAAAUAUUGUGUUUUGUUUUUUUGUUGUCUACUAUUUGGAUCUUUGAACCAUGAAACUCAACAACAACAACAACAAAAUUUCCAUGUCAACCUCAACUUCACCAUCAAACUCCGGCAACCUUGUCUCCGACCAGUUUCCGGCGGGUCUCCGUGUACUUGUUGUCGAUGAUGACCCUACUUGCCUCAUGAUCCUUGAAAGAAUGCUCCGUUUUUGCCUCUAUGAAGUUACCAAAUGUAAGAGAGCUGAGGUUGCAUUAUCACUUCUUAGAGAGAAUAAAAAUGGGUUCGACAUUGUUUUAAGCGAUGUGCAUAUGCCGGAUAUGGAUGGAUUCAAACUUUUGGAACAUAUUGGAUUGGAGAUGGAUCUUCCUGUUAUUAUGAUGUCGGCUGAUGAUGGAAAAAACGUGGUAAUGAAAGGUGUGACACAUGGUGCUUGUGAUUAUCUAAUCAAGCCUGUGCGAAUUGAGGCUUUGAAGAAUAUAUGGCAGCAUGUGGUUAGGAAGAGAAAGAAUAGCUGGAAAGAUCUGAGGCAAUCUGGUGGAUUAGAUGAAAGAGAUCGAGAAAAAAAGGCAUCCACUGAUGCUAAUUACUCAUCUUCAACGAAUGAAGGCAAGAGCUCAAAGAAGAGGAGGGAUGAAGAAGAUGAAGCAGAUGAUAGGGAUGAUUGUUCGACGUCAAAGAAGCCGCGAGUUGUUUGGUCUAUUGAGCUUCAUCAGCAGUUUAUGGCUGUUGUGAAUCAAUUGGGAUUAGACAAGGCUGUUCCGAAAAAGAUUAUGGAAAUGAUGAAUGUUCCUGGGCUCACUAGAGAAAACGUUGCCAGUCAUCUUCAGAAAUACCGUUUGUAUCUUCGAAGGUUGAGUGGAGUUUCCCAGCAGCAAAGUAACUUGAAUAACUCCUUCAUGAGUGCGCAAGAGUCAAUAUUUGGAGGAACCUCUGUAAAUGAAAUUGAUCUUCAAACCCUUUCAGCUUCUGGCCAGUUCUCGGCGCAAAGUCUAGCCAAGCUUCAAGCAGCAGGACUUUACAGUCCUGAGAACUCAAAACUAAGAUUUGGAGAUGGGCAACUGCAACAUAUGAGCAGCAGUAAACCGGUGAACUUUCUUCACGGAAUCCCUAUCAACAUUGAGCCGAAGCAGUUUGCCAAUUUUCACCAGUCUGCUCAAUCCUUUGGCAGCGCAAAUAUGCGAGUCAAUGCUUCUGCUGCAAAGAGAAGCCCCUGGUUGACGCAGAUGGCUCAGUCUCAACCAAGAGGUCAGGUGCUAAAUGAGAAUACAAAUUCUCAUGCUACAAUGUUUCCAUCAUCUUUAAUGCAACCUACAGGACCAAAUGGAAUAUCAGUCAAUAGUUUCCCUCUUAGAUGCACUUCAGGUAUAUCCAGUAGCAGUACAAAAGGUGCAUUUCAUGCGGAAGCUACUUCGGGAAUUAAAGGAUUAGGGGGAUUUAGUUAUGAUGUUUAUAAUGAACUCCAUCGGAAGUCCAAUGAUUGGGGAUUAGCAAAUACAGGCCUGACAUAUGAUGGUUCUCAACAUUCAAAUACUUUACAAGGCAACAUUGAUGUCUCGCCGUCGAUUUUAGGCCAUCGUGGUUUUUCCUCUAUCCAACAGACUCGACAAAAUAGAGAUGGUAUGAGUCAAGGUGAUCACCAAAAUGUUGGUCAACACCUCAAUACACCUUUUGUUGAUAAUUCAUUAAGGGGUAAGAGUGAAAGAAUUCCGGGUACAAACAUCGAGAUUAACCCCUUCUCUGAUCAAAGUCAAGAGGAUCUCAUGAGUGUGUUUCUGAACCAGCACAAAGGCAUUGGACAAGUUGAUAAUGAGUUUGACUUUGAUGGAUAUUCCAUAGACAACAUUCCAGUUUAUAACAGAUCCUGUUAGCUCUCUUUCUAAUCAUAGUUGCCAAUGUAAAUAGUUGGUGUUCCACAUGAAUCUAAUCAUCAUUCUGCAAUUAGCUAGCUCAUACGUGAUUUAAAUUGUUCAAAAUAUAUAAAUUAGUUUAUGUAAAAAUUUCAGGCUUCUGGGAGUAGUGUUUAUCGUUAAAAAAAUUAUAUGUUUAUAUUGUCUUACA